AAGAGGUCAGGGAGCAAAGUUAAUCAAAAUGCAACUUGAAGCUCAGAGGGACGGCCUCGCAUCCCGGAAGACGAAGCAAAAGGUGCACGGGAAGGGCGGCAGAAAUUCUUUCCUUGCCUUUUGACCCUCGGCUCCUUCCUCUAGAGUCUGAGGCCACCGCUGCUACUUUUCGGAACAGUGACCCUACUGCAUAGCUGCAGGCUGAGAUCAUCCAGGACGUCCUCAUUCCAGAACAUCUGGGAUUCAGCAGCUCAGAAGACACCAUGAAAGCUCUUCUUCUCCUGUUCACCUUGCUGUUGAUGGACGAGACUCUUCCUGCUCGGGUGCAUCGUACGCGGAGGGAACUGGCACCUGGAUUGCACGAACAGGGAAUACGGGAUGCGGAAGGCUCGUACUGUGGUCAGCACGAUGCCUGUUGUCACGGAAGGGAUGACGCCUGCAUGGUCCCCUACUUUGAUACCCUUUGCUACUGCGACCUGUUUUGCAACCGCACCAUCUCGGACUGCUGCCCUGAUUUUUGGGAAUACUGUUUGGACAUUGAACCCCCCUAUCCAGUGCAGAAAGCCUGCAUUCGCAACGGGGUCAAGUUCCCUACUGGAGCAACUUACCGAGAUAAUUGCAACCUCUGUACUUGCAACGAACAUGGGCAAUGGGUCUGUGAAAGCCACGUCUGUCUUAUCAACGGGGAUAUGAUCGAUGCCAUUAACAGAGGGAAUUAUGGCUGGAGAGCUUCCAACUACAGCCAGUUCUGGGGCAUGACGCUGGAAGAGGGCAUUCGGUACCGUCUUGGCACCAUCAAGCCCCCCACAUCUGUCAUGAAUAUGAAUGAGCUUCAAAUAAACAUGGCCGCCAAUGAAGUGCUCCCUCCCUAUUUCAAUGCCGUUGACAAGUGGUCUGGGAUGAUCCAUGAGCCGCUCGAUCAAGGCAACUGUGCAGGGUCGUGGGCCUUUUCUACAGCAGCGGUGGCCUCUGACCGGAUCUCUAUCCAUUCCAUGGGACACAUGACACCUGCCUUGUCCCCGCAGAAUCUGCUGUCUUGCAACACUCGGCACCAACAGGGCUGCAAUGGGGGCCGCGUGGAUGGAGCCUGGUGGUUUUUGCGCAGGAGGGGGGUGGUGACAGAUGAGUGCUACCCCUUUACCAGCCAGGAAAAAGAGAGCUCCCUUGCCAGUCCGCCUUGCAUGAUGCACACCCGAUCCACUGGCAGGGGGAAGAGGCAAGCCACGGCACGUUGUCCCAACCCACAGACCAACUCCAACGAGAUCUACCAGUCCACCCCAGCAUAUCGUCUCUCCUCAAAUGAGAAGGAGAUCAUGAAGGAGUUAAUGGAAAAUGGGCCUGUGCAAGCCAUCAUGGAAGUCCAUGAAGACUUUUUUGUGUAUCGAAGUGGGAUUUAUCAGCAUACACCUGUAGCAGGUGGGAAGCCAGAACGGUACCGACGGCACGGCACCCAUUCCGUCAAGAUUACUGGGUGGGGAGAAGAACGGAAGCCUGAUGGGUCAAAUCAGAAAUAUUGGAUUGCAGCCAACUCCUGGGGCAGGCCAUGGGGUGAGAACGGCUACUUCCGCAUUGCCCGAGGGACCAACGAGUGUGAGAUCGAAUCCUUCGUGGUGGGCGUCUGGGGCCGGGUUGGAAUGGAAGACAUGCACCAUAAGAAGUGAGGACACUUCAGCCUGCAUCAUGAUACCAGGAAGAACUUCUUUCCUUCUGUUGGCCCUAUGUUCUUUCUUCUCCUCAAAGCAUCUGGUAUCUAGAACAGUCACAGGACCUAACUACCAAGGUGUUGCCUCCAAAGACAAUGGGCUUUUUCUCUGUUCUGGGGGGAAGCCUAGAACUGUCAUGAGGAUGUUGAACUUGGAAAGACUUUGGAGGGUCCUUCCUCAGAUGGUGGGAAAAAGCCUGAGAACUUAUGAAAUGACUACCAAAAAUGUCUACGUUUUCUUGAAAGGGACCAAGAGAAGAUACCCAGUCUGACAUUUUGCUCUGCAUAGCUCACAUCCUCACAACCAGAGUGACCCUGGAGACACCAGAAGCAAACCUUGCCAGGGUUCCCUCCCGAGGAUGGCAAGUUGCAGGUGAUCUGAGGAAACCUGCUCUCUGGGAGACCAAGUGAGCAUUUUCUUCUGAGUACGUUCUGUGAUUCUACAUUAUAGAGCCAUCUCGGAAGGGAUGACAUCUCUUCUGAUCUUCCCCAGAGGCAACCAUGGUGAAAUAAGAAGUUGCGAGGCUCUUGGGCCAAACUUUCAAGCACCUCAGGUAGCAUCUCUCCAGAUGGGUGGAUUUCUAGUCCUAGCAGGCAUGUCCACAGUCAUGGCCAUUUUACAUGUGUGCAAAGUGUCCUGGGAUUCUCAAGAAGUUAUUUCAGCCAAGUUAGCUGAACUUGGCUGAAAUAAACUCAUUUGGAAAGAGGCCAGAUUGGGGAAGGCUGGCUUAGCCCACGUUUCCUGCCGUCAGGGAACAGAAUGUUUCCUGCUUGUCCUAUCAACGGGAAAUAAGUAUCUGAUCCAGGAAAACACCAUUUAUGCAACAUCAGCCUUUCUCCAACCAGGUUCUCCUCAGCUAUGUUUGGCUUCUGCUUCCCACAAUCCCUUGCUAACAUGGCCAUAUAUGGACCUGAAGGCAAAAAUCUCUGGAGAGCAUCAGGAUGAGGUCAAGCUGCCUAGCUUGUCCACGGAAGUGGAAGGAGGAAUUCCUGUGUUUCUUAACCUUCAUUGUUCAGCCCACCAUGAGGCGUUGCUACUCCAAGGAUAAUGCGAACAACAUCACAGCAUUGGCAGCUGAGUGCUCUGCAAAAGUCCUUCAGCUGACUUUCCGAGCCCCGCUGGAAUAACAGUCCAGCUGUUUUAGGCCCAUGCAAACUGGGAAGUAGGAGGAAAUUCUUCUCCUUCUGUCUCCUCUGCCUGGUUUCAGCUCCCAUGCUGUUUUCUCAUUUCCCUGCAGCUCAGCCCAGCCCUGCCUUUUGCUGACUCCGACGACUUGGUGCGCCAUCCUGGCGCUGAUGCCUAGUGAAAACUUUUAUCCUCCCCGCCUGCAGCCUCUCUUGGCCUACCCCGCUGGCCCCUCCUCUUUCUCUCGGCCUUUGACGCCCCAGUCCCUGCACCUUCCGUGCCUGGCAUGAGACCCUCUUGCCGCUAAGCCUACCUUGGCUUAGCGGGCCCUUUGUUGAGACCUUAAGGCCGUUGAAGGGGAAGGGGCUCAGCCAGAUGGGCUGGCUGGCUUUGUCCCAUUCUGCAAGCUUUGCAAGCACCAGUGUCAACACAGAGCGGCUCUCAUUGGUGUGAAAGAAGCGGAAAAAAGCGCAUUAAAAGGCACAUGUUCACGCUUGACCGAGGCAGGGAGCUUGGGAAGAAGUGCCUGGGCUAGCAGUCCUUUGCAUGGAGCCGGAAAACUCUUUUAUUGGAGGAUGAAGGGAGAAAGUGGAGGCUUCCAGACUUGGAUUCCUCUCCUAAGACCUGAUCAAAGCAGAGAUUAGGGGUGUUUAGGCCUGGUUCUCAGCAAAGUGGGGUGGGGCACCUUCGGUUCAAGUUGUAGACUUCAGGCUGGGAUCUGAGGCUGCUCCAACAGACUGCUUGCUCGUAUGCAUUUGAAAGAACAAGAACUUCACUUGAUUCUUUCAACUGGGUUAACUGGAAACACCCAUUUGAUGGACUGGAACAAGUUUUGAAAGCCCUAACCAAACCAAGGCCGGAUUUGCACCAUAUACUAAACCACCAAAGAACGAAAUAAAAUGAAAACCAAUGCAACGUAGCGUGGUCCGUAAAGGCAACCACUAGAUUUGUAACAGAUCCGGUUGAGCAUAGUCGUGCAAGCCAAGGUAGAAAGCUAGCUUUUCAGGCUGGGCUUGAAUCUGUCCCCUUCUACUUAGCUUUCUCAGUGAAGGGCAUUUUUAUGGCUAUUUUUUGUAAAAGGUGGUUUGGUCCUGUUGGCCUCCACUUGGCAAUCCAGUCCAAACCAAGAUGGGUUUGCUCCAUGUCAACUGGAACUGGGCUGUAGACAUGCAACCACCUUCAUCGAUCCAUAGGUAGCCAUGAUUCCAUUUUAGGCAGGUUUUGUAGCUACUCGGUUUGGCAGGGAGGAGCCAUGUCCAGUACGAACCCUUUGCUCAGGGCCACUGCUCUAGAGGACAAGAUUCAGAUGCGUGUCCAAAGGGCAAAACUCCUCUGAGCUGAGCUCCAAUAUGAGCCUGCGGAUGUAUCUGUGCAGUUUCCUUGGCUACAGUACGGAAUGAGCAGACUAUUGGCCUUUUUCGGAUUUCUUUUCAACUUCCCAGUCUAGGUCUACAACCCUGGGAUUUUCUAGUGGUCUCCCAUCUCCCAGGCCUAACCUCGCUUAGCUUCUCAAUCUUCCUGCUCACUAAUCAAAGUUGUCACCUGAGUGAAUAAGCAAAACUCAAACCUAAUUUCUUCCAAGUAUCUUCCAAAUAACUUCCAAAUUUCCCAGGUUAUAAAUCUUAUUUCUAAGAACUUGCCUCUGAUCAGGUAAAAACCUUCGUUCACAGAAAGGAACAAUACUGCUAUCUUCACUAAGCAAGAAACAUUUGCAAUUCUGUUAUCCUUUUAGUAUUUAUUUUGCUUUCAUGUGUUUGUUACUUGUGAAUAAAGUGCAUUGAAGAUGCUGGCAGGAA